AUGUUAAACCUAAGCUCAUCCACCAUCCACUCGGAAUCAGUUUCCACGUCCCUCCUCUACGACCGAUGGGCAGCAACUUACGACACAGACCGUAACCCUUUACAAAUCCUCGACUCCGCCCUCAUUCCCUCUCUCAUGAAGACAUUAUUUUCCCUUCCACCAGAGGCUCAGAAUAACAUCACAAUCACCGAGUUAGGAUGUGGUACGGGCCGUAAUACUAUUCGAUUCCUCACAUCACCUCUUUCAAAGAACGUCUCCAGCAUUCAUGCUCUGGAUCUCUCAUCAGCAAUGCUUGACAUCGCUCAAUCCCGUUACGCCUCCUUCAUCUCCGAAAACGAUGGCCAACUUCCCAACAUCCAAUUUGACGAGUUCAAUGCCCUUGAUCCUCAGUCUAACCCCGAAGUUUCGAAAUCGAUCCAAGGAAAAGCGAACAUUGUGGUUAGCACUCUUGUCCUAGAGCAUCUUUCCCUACCUACGUUUUUCUCGGCUGUAAGCUUUCUACUAAAGCCAUAUUCGGAAGCGAGCUAUGGUAGAGUACUAAUCACCAAUAUGCAUGCCGAGAUGGGUAAAUCAUCUCAGGCCGGAUUUAUGAAUGAAAUUGAAGGAAAGAAGACGAAAAUUAGGGGCGAGAGUUAUGUCUACGAGAUUGAAGAAGUCGUGGAGGAAGGGGGGAAAUGGGGUUUUCAUGUCGUGGGAGACGUGCUAGAAAGGAGGAUAGAAGAUGGUGACAUUGAGGAGGACGGAAAUGGGUUGAGGUUGGGAAAUAGAGGAAAGAAAUGGAUAGGGAAGAAAAUGUGGUUCGGGAUGGUAAUGCAGAGGAAGCACAAAUGA